AUGAGCACCCCCGCGUUGACUGGUCUGCAGCAGCUUCUGGCCGACAAGAGCCGCGUUGUCGUACUCGAUGGCGGCUUUGCGACCGAAUUAGAGAAGGAUCCGCGGGUGGAUCUGAGCGCCAGUAGCCUCUGGUCCGGGUCGCUGCUGCUAGACCAGAACCAGCACCUCCAAGAUGUUGUUGUCAAUGCACACACAAAUUACUUCCUCGCGGGUGCUGACGUGGCCACCACUGUCAGCUAUCAGGCGUCAGUCGACGGUUUUAAGCGUGAGGGAGUCACAGCCCUCGAGGACGUCGAGAAACUCUUCGCUAAGAGUAUCGACCUCGGAGCACAGGCUCGUGACGCCGCCUGGAAUGAACUGCAACAGAGUAAACGCAUCAAACCCCUCGUAGGUGCCAGUAUUGGUUGCUACGGCGCUGCACUUGCGGACGGAUCGGAGUACCGCGGUGACUACGGCAAGACAAAAAACGAACUGGUGGCAUGGCACAAGCACCGCUUCGCCUUUUUCACCAGCUACGCCCCUGCUAAUUUCUUGAUCUGUGAGACCAUUCCUUGUCUCGUGGAGGUGGAAGCCUUCGUGGAUCUUCUCAACGAGUUCCCGACCGCACACGCAAUCGUUGCCGUGGCCUGCCACAACGGUAAAGAGCUCAACAGCGGCGAGCCAAUCGCUCGCAUUCCGGAGAUCCUGGCUAAACUCAAUAACCCCUCACAGUUGCUGGCCAUUGGCAUUAACUGUACGCCUCCACAGUACGUGGAGAGUCUGCUCCUCGAGCUUGACUGCCCCUGGCCCAAGGCCGUGUACCCAAACAGCGGUGAAGGUUGGGAUGGAGUGAACAAGAAGUGGCUUCCAGCCGAUAAUACUGGCGGUCCCAGCUCUUGGGAAGAGUAUCUACCUAAGUGGUACGAUGCUGGUGCCCGCUUCUUUGGUGGCUGCUGCCGUACAUCUCCUGACGAUAUUCGCGCUAUUCGUGAGUACUUUGCCAGCCGUCAGCUGCUGUAA